CGGGCUUGACUGCUCUGGAUGCGGCGGAGGUGGCGGACGGGAAGCAGGAACCGAGGCGAGGCGAAGCGUCCGCAAUGAGACCGCCGCUGCUGCUCCUGCUGCGCUCUUCGCUCGGCGGCCUGGUGACUGUUUUGGGCCCGCCUGCCGCUUCCCGAAACCCAGUCCUGACACGAGCAGGUCUGUGUUAUUUGAGAAAAGCGAUGCACUAUCAAACGGAGGAGCGAGGACACCCCAACUCUCCCGACUACCGGAUUUAUUUUAAAACCUCUGAAGGGAAAUACAUUUCACCAUUCCAUGAUAUUCCACUUCUAGCGGACACAGAACAGGACAAUGCUGUGCCAACUAAAAAAGCCAGGCGUGAUGAGAAUGAGGUGCUCUUUAACAUGGUUGUGGAGGUACCUCGAUGGUCAAAUGCUAAAAUGGAGAUUGCAACAAAGGAACCGCUGAAUCCGAUCAAACAAGAUGUAAAGAAAGGCAAGCUCCGAUAUGUUGCCAAUAUAUUUCCCCAUAAAGGUUACAUUUGGAAUUAUGGGGCACUACCACAGACAUGGGAGGACCCAAAUCACACAGACACGGAGACCAAGUGUUGCGGUGAUAAUGAUCCCAUUGAUGUUUGUGACAUUGGCACCCAGGUGUGCUUUCCAGGUCAGGUGAUCCAAGUGAAAGUGCUCGGCAUCUUGGCCAUGAUCGACGAGGGAGAAAUGGACUGGAAGGUCAUUGCUAUCAAUGCUAAGGACCCGGAUGCCAGAAACCUUAAUAGCAUAGAGGAUGUCCGCAAGAGCCGACCCGGUCAUUUAGAGGCAACCGUCGACUGGUUUAGGAAAUAUAAGGUGCCUGACGGAAAGCCUGAGAACGACUUUGGUUUCAGUGGACAAUUUAAAGACAAGGACUUUGCAGUUGAGAUCAUUAAGUCCACCCAUGAGCACUGGAGGGCACUAGUGCAGAAGCAGACAAAUAGUGGAGGGAUUGAAUGCAAAAAUAUCUCUUGCUGUGAGAGCCCUAUGAAAUGCAGUGCCGAUGAGGCCAGAGAUGUGGUCCAGUCGGCCCCAGCAUUUGGUAGCCCACAUCCUGUGUCUUCAGAGGUGGACAAGUGGCAUUUUGUCUGAGCAGCAAAGACAAUUUGGAAACCAGCAAAAAACUCCUAACAUCCUUUGAAGCUGUACCAAUAUUGCUGCAUUUUUCGCACACAGGUGGAUUUAUUUUUGGUAAGGACUUGUUCUCAUCUGUAUAAAGUGCAAUCUGCAUUUACCAUCCAAUAAUAUGUUCAAAAAGAAAAAGGAAAGAGAAGGAUUAUACCCAGUACAUUGAUAGUGUGAGCCAACGAAGAUCUGUACUUUUGUUAUGCUAAGUAAAAAGCCAGAAGCAAGAUGUGAUUUUGGGUGUCAUGUUGGACACCAGAUUGAUUUAUUGCUGUUCACAGCAAUUCUAAUUUAGAGGUUAAUCACAAAAAUAUUGGUCUCCUUUCUAUUUAAUUUUAUUAAAUUGUAAAUUACAUUUUUAUAUGUAUUGCAGUAUUUUUGGCAGCCAAUGUCCAGGUCCAGCCUUGUACUGUACAGGACUGAAAGUCAUGCUGAUAUGCUCUAAUUUGCCUUUAAGACUGUAAUCAGUUUGUACUUGCAACCACAAAUACAAUGUAAAUUUGUUUGUAACGUUUAAACAAUUUCUUCUUGUUUGCAAAAUAAUAAAAUUAA